AUGAUGUCGCCAGGCGAUGUCGGUGGACUGACUCCUUCAAAGCUCUUGAGCAUCGUUUGGGUUGUCACAGCUAUUGCCAUUACCCUCGUUGUUUUUCGUUUCGCCAUCCGUCUCUUCAUCGUCAAGAAGACAACCAUUGACAACGUCCUUGUUUCAGAUGUGCUUGUACUGUUGGCACUCGCGACCCUGAUUACAAUGGCUGGGUUGUACGGCCAGGUCAUACCCAUCAUGUUCGAUCUGGACUUGGUCAUCGCAGGCAAACCUCCAUUGUCUCCGGAGACUAUGCUUGAAUUCGAGGAGCGAGCGGAUUACUAUCUCAGAGUCCAGUUUGGCAUCAUUAUACUCUUCUGGACUUGCGUGUGGGCUGUCAAACUUUCGAUUCUGGUAUUCUACAAGAGCUUGUUCGACAGACUUUCGCGGGCUUAUCUAUAUGCCUGGUGGGCCGUAGUCGUCUUUGUCGGUCUGACUUAUGUGGGAUGCUGGGCUUUGCAGUUUGAUUCUUGCAGCCCACUAAAGUCCUACUUCAAGAUAGGCGAUUGUGAUAAGCCAAGAGACAUCGGGGUGUCGAACGACAGUCUUUACUACUCCACAGCAGUCGAUAUCGCGUGUGAUCUCCUAAUCAUGGCUCUACCUCUGCACCUACUCAUAGGACUUAUCGGGGUCAAUCGGAAACAGAAGGCAGGCUUGGCUGCCCUCUUCUGCCUCGGCUUCUUCAUCAUUGCCGUGGCCCUCGUUCGCGUCUUCCAGACUAGAACAACGAAGGAGCACCAAGCUGAUCCGAUAUGGCUAGCUUUAUGGUCCCAGAUCGAAGCGAGCGUCGCUGUUGUGGUAUCCUGCCUCCCUUCCUUCGGUUGGCUACUCAACAAGCGUGCCAGCUCUGAAUCCGCCUACAAACGACGAAACCCAUCCUCAUCAGGCCGCUCUACCUCCGGCAUACGAUCCCCCAAGUAUCCCGCAGAGGCCAUGCGGCUUGGGACAAUUCGUCAAGGGACGUUCUUGGAAAUCGAUUCGCAGGACCCGAGGGAUUCUUUCGAUCAUGUUGCGGCUGCAGAGCGAGAAGGGGCACCGAACACGGUCAUUUCAAAAAGUAGUAGAACGGAGAGUCAGGAGGAUGUCCUACCGAGCGUGCCACAUAAUCGCAUAUUGUUGCGGCAGGAUAUGGUCAGGACGGAAGAGACGUUGUGA